ACUUGGGGUAUUGCUGGUAGUGGAAAAUGUCAGGCGUGAAAUUCUAUUUGUUUUUUUACAACUCCCUUCAAUUCCUGGGUUGGAGUACCCUUCUUCUGCAAAUUAUUCUUCAUUUUCAAAAUGGCGGUACCACGGCAAAUCUCUACUCAAGCGUUCAUCUGACGUUACAGAUAUUUCAGACGGGAGCCGUGUUAGAGAUUCUACACGCAGCAACAGGGCUGGUCAGAUCAAGCGUUCAGGUCACUUUUCAGCAGGUGUUCUCCAGGGUUUACAUUACCUGGGCUAUUCUCUACCUCCUUCCUCCUGCUCGUCUCUCAGUAGGUGUUCUAAUGCUGCUGUUUGCUUGGACAAUCACUGAGAUGAUCAGAUACCUCAUGUAUGCUAUUCAACUUGUGACCACUCCACCCUACUUCUUGACCUGGCUUAGAUACACAUUCUUUAUCAUUGCUUAUCCUGUUGGAGUCACUGGAGAGCUUCUGUGCAGCUUUGCUGGUCUUCAGUAUGCAGCCAAGACUGGACUCUUCUCCUAUUCUCUUCCUAACAUGAUCAAUGCUACAUUCUCCUUCCCACUAGUAAUUGGUGGCAUUAUGCUUCUUUAUAUUCCACUAUUUCCUCCAAUGUAUCUUCAUAUGUUUUCACAGAGGAAAAAAGUUCUUGGGAUGUCAGAAAAACAAGAAUAAUGAUCAGUAAUAUACAUGAAUCUAUCUAAAAGUUAAACAUUGUUAUUUUUUUUAAGAAUAGUGUUCUUUAAUUGUUAAUUUACAUCUUUUUAAAUUUUGCUAAAUUUACAUAAGUUGCUAGAGUCCCGUUUAAAAAGUGGUUGUCAUCUUUGAUUUAUUUUGUUAUGCUUAUAGAACAGUUUUUGGAUAUGUUUUUGAAUCGGUGUUGGCACUUUUUAAAUGUUGGGUCACUUUAAAAUUACGUUGACAGUCCCUUUAACACUAAAUUUUCAAAUAUCUCCCUUUAAACUAAUUUUACAAAUGCCUAGUCAUGCUUAAAUUAUUAACUCUUAGAAAAUUCUCAGUUCUAAAAUUCAAAUGCUCAAUUUAUAUAUUUUGUGAAAUUAUAUGAAUUAUAUUCUCUGUAUUUAUAGAGUUCUUUUACCACCUGUUCUCAACAUCUGAACCUGUAAACAUUUGUUCUAAUAUUUCAGA